AUGAAAUGGAAAUGCUUUUCUCUGCUGCUGUUCGUUUCGCUCUGCCGCGCGGACGACGACUUCGAUCCGGAACAGCUGCAGAGCGAGAACGUGAUGGCGGGCCUGGCACGCGAGGAGGACGGCGACGGGACGUCAACAACAACAGCAACAAUAGCAACAGCAACAUGCGCAUCGAUGUCACAACAAAUAUCGGGCAAGAACUGCCCCCAAAUGGCGGCGAGCAUUGCGGCAAAGGCCGCCCAAGUGGCAACCGCCGCGAACGACGCCCAAUCGAAUGCCGCCGAGUGCGCCGCCAAGGAGGUGCGCAUCCAGCUGGCCGAGAAGGCCGUCCAGGCGUCGCGCGCCGUCCAGGCGGUGCUCGAGGGCAAACGGGCGCUCCUCGACAAAAUCCAGCGCGAACUGCGCGCCGCCGAGGAGCUGCUCUCCAAGCUGAGCGCCUCGCUGCAGAACAGCGAAGCGAACACGCAGCGGGCCGAAUGCGCCGCCAAAUCGGCGGAGGCGCAUUUCGCUCGGCUCACGGAAAUCGUACAGCUGAUCGGCGGCAGCGUCGGGGACGUGGACGCCCUAAAUGAGCUGGCCCAGAACGAUUACAAUGAGAAGCGGCAGAUGCUGAUCGCCGCAAAGGAGCGCAGCGAGCGCAUUCAGAAGGAAAUCGCGUGCGCCCGCGAUGAGUACGAACAGGUGAAAAUGGCCGCCUAUCAGGCCGCCUGUGCGGCCGUCGAGGCCAAACAGAAGGCGGCACACACCUCCGAGAGCGGCAGGCAUCGCAGCAGCCUGCGUCGGCGCCGACGACGCCAGCGGCAGCAGCAGCAGCAGCAGCGAAAUCUUUAG